CCUGUGUGGGCCCGUUUCGGCCGCUCCACUGGCCUGGUCUCCCUCGGUACCAGAUUGUGCGCUCAGUCCAGCACUAUGGGGAAGCGGGACAAUCGGGUGGCCUAUAUGAACCCAAUAGCAAUGGCCAGAUCAAGGGGUCCAAUCCAGUCUUCAGGGCCAACGAUCCAAGAUUAUCUGAAUCGACCAAGGCCUACCUGGGAAGAAGUGAAAGAACAACUAGAAAAGAAAAAGAAAGGCUCCAAGGCAUUGGCUGAAUUUGAAGAAAAAAUGAAUGAGAACUGGAAGAAAGAACUAGAAAGACACCGAGAGAAAUUAUUAAAUGGAAGUGAGAGCUCAUCCAAAAAAAGACAGAGAAAGAAAAAAGAAAAGAAGAAAUCUGGUAGGUAUUCAUCUUCUUCUUCAUCAAGCUCUGAUUCUUCCAGCAGUUCUUCAGAUUCUGAAGAUGAGGAUAAGAAACAAGGAAAAAGGAAAAAGAAAAAGAAGAACCGUUCCCAUAAAUCUUCUGAAAGCUCCAUGUCACACACUGAAUCAGACAGUAAGGAUAGCUUUAAAAAGAAAAAGAAGUCAAAGGAUGCAACUGAGAGAGAAAAGGACAUUAAAGGACUCGGCAAAAAGAGAAAGAUGUAUCCUGAAGAUAAACAUAUAUCGUCUGAGUCAUCAGAAUCAGAUUAUAUUGAGGAGAUAAAGGAAAUAUUGAAAGGAAGCAGUGAGGAAAAAACAAGAAAGAAAAAGAAGCAUAAGAAACACAGUAAGAAAAAGAAAAAGAAGACUGCUAGUUCAAGUCCUAGCUCAUCGUAACAUUAAGAAAAAUCAGGAUUCUCUUAUAAAGAAAGUGCAAUGUCUGAGGAGAUUUCAACUGUGAAAAUUAUGGCAUAUUUACUAAAAUGCAUGAAUUUUCUUGUUUUUAGAAUUAUUCCUGGACUAUUCAGUAGCCAUUCAGAUGCCGCUGUGUGAAAGGGCCAUAAUAGUUGCCUGCUGCUUGAAUAUCUGUCUUUUUCUCUUCCAUUGCUUAAUAACUCUGGGAGAUAAUACACUGCAGUCGUACUAGUGGUUCAUAUUUGGGAAUAAAGUUAAUAUUUUUGACUAGAAGUAAUGUAAUGAUAAAUCGUCAGAUAUUGAAUCUGGAUAUAUCAUUAAGAUAUCAUCAGAUAUGACUAGAUGACUAGUUAACAUUUUUGAAGUAGGGAUUACAUUGAUAUUUGAAAAUCCUUACUCUGUAGAUAAGUGUAUUUUAAUGUUUUUUCCCUUGUAUACUUACCUGGGGAAGGAGCUUUUAGGGUUGGGGGGCUGGUUUGCUAUUUCUUUAGCUAGCAGAAUAGCGUGCCUUUUAUCCUCACACAUCCUGUUUUUGCAGACACAGUAGCCAUGCUUCACAGGGAGGUAAGAGCUGGGUACAGCAGUCUUGCCUUUUAUUGAGCUUAGUGACAUCCUUGGACCCUGUCGGAUGCUGCCUUGAGUAAACCAGAGGUAUAGCCUCUGCAGCAGGAGAAAGCCCCAGAAGCUCUGGGAUUUACCUCCACUUCAAUAAUACUGAAUGAUUUUUAGCAUUAGAAUGUGUUAAAACAUUUGAAUUAAUUUUGACUACACUUUGGCUUUGGAGAGGAGUCAUUUCAAAUAGACACUGGUACUUUUUUGAACUUGAUAGCUGAAGAUUCUUAAAAUGCAUGUUUUAUACUGUUAAGUUGUAACCAGUCAAGAAAAUUUUAUGUAACCAGUAAUA